CCCGUUAGACUACCCAUCUCGCCCUCUACAAAUCUAUACAUAACCCCCACCUAGUUGGUUUUCUCCACGCAAAGAGAACUCAGUGUGUUGUCUUGUGUUAUUCUACCCACGAAGGAAUCUACUUCUUGCAAUUUACUAGAUUCAUUUUCGAAAUCAUCAUCGUUCUUGUUUCUGUACCCCAUUUAGUAAUAUAUGGGCUGAGGUGCACAUUUCAUGGGAGGUGUAGGGGAUGAAGAACCAGCGACGAAGCGCAUGAAAUUGUCCUCUGGGGAGUUGAGGAGUCUUUCCAACGGCACAUCUUCUGUUGAACCUGUAGCCGGCUGCUCUUCGAGAGGCUUGAUGGCUAGGCCCCUACAAUCUGCAGGGGACGACGAGGUUGUUGGCUCCAAAGGAGUAAUAAAGAGAGUCGAAUUUGUCCGAAUAAUCGCCAAGGCAUUGUAUUCUCUUGGUUACAAGAAAAGUGGUGCUCAUCUAGAGGAAGAGUCCGGAAUAUCUUUGCAUUCCUCUUCUGUAAAUCUGUUUAUGCAGCAGGUACGUGACGGUAACUGGAACGAAAGCGUGACCACAUUGCGCAAAAUUGGUGUACCCGACGAAAGCAUUGUAAAAUCUGCUUCCUUCCUGAUUCUAGAGCAGAAGUUUUUCGAACAUUUGGCUGGAGAAAAGCUCAUGGAUGCAUUGAAAACACUAAGGACUGAGAUUGCACCUCUUUGCAUUAAUGGUAGUAGAGUUCAUGAGCUCUCUUCAUACUUAGUUGCUCCUUCAUUGUUUGGUCAAAGUAAUGUUAGUAUGGUCAAGGCCAAGCCAAAGCUUCUGGAGGAAUUGCAGGAACUGCUUCCUCCAACAAUUAUGGUUCCUGAAAGUCGGUUGGAACAUCUAGUUGAACAGGCUCUUGUCUUGCAAAGGGAUGCUUGCUUCUUUCACAACUCAUUGAAUGAAGAAAUGUCAUUGUACACUGAUCAUUUCUGCGGGAGAGAUCAGAUUCCUUCUCGUACUCUACAGAUAUUACAAGAACACACUGAUGAAGUUUGGUUUGUGCAAUUUUCACAUAACGGGAGAUACUUAGCGUCAUCCUCCAAUGACAAAUCCACAAUAAUUUGGGAGGUCGAUGUGAAUGGUCGAGUUUCACUUAAGCAUAGAUUGUGUGGUCACCAGAAACCGGUGUCCUCGGUAUCAUGGAGUCCUGAUGACCAUCAGCUGCUCACCUGUGGAGUGGAGGAGGCCGUCAGGCGUUGGGAUGUUUCUUCUGGUGAAUGUCUCCUCGUUUAUGAAAAACCUGGUCUUGGCCUCGUGUCCUGUGGGUGGUUUCCAGAUGGAAAAUUGAUAUUCUCUGGUGUCAAUGACAAGAGUAUCUGCAUGUGGGAGUUAGAUGGGAAAGAGAUGGAGUGUUGGAAAGGGCAACGGACUUUAAGGAUAUCUGAUCUGGAGAUUACAAGUGAUGGGAAGCAGGUUAUUAGUAUCUCUGGAGAAACUGCAAUAUUGCUACUUGACAGGGAGGCUAAAGUGGAGAGAUUGAUCGAAGAGGAUCAAACCAUAACUUCAUUUUCAAUGUCGAAGGACAAUAGGUUCUUGCUGGUUAAUCUUCUGAACCAAGAAAUUCAUCUUUGGAACAUACAAGGAGAAAUAAAGCUUGUUACCAAGUACAAAGGUCAUAAACGCACUCGUUUUGUUAUUAGGUCUUGUUUUGGUGGGACCGAGCAAGCUUUUAUUGCUAGUGGUAGUGAGGAUUCACAGGUCUACAUCUGGCAUAGAGGAACAGGGGAGCUCAUCGAGGCGUUACCAGGUCAUUCAGGAGCUGUUAACUGCGUAAGUUGGAAUCCUGUAAAUCCUCACAUGUUAGCCUCGGCCAGUGAUGAUCGUACGAUUCGGAUAUGGGGCUUAAACAAUCUAAAUGUGAAGUCCAAGGGUAAGGAUGCACACAGCAAUGGCAUCCAUUACUGCAACGGGAAAACUUGAACUGAGGUCUAAUGAAAACAUAUAUUUGGUUACAACUUUCUCUGACCAUUGCUUUUAUGUAAAUACUCUAUCAUUGUCAAAACUUACAAUCAUCAGACAUUUAUAUCAAACAAGAAUGUGGACGAUGCAGCAAGUUUAUGAUAAUAAAUCUCCUGUUUUCAUUUUCUA